UUUUUCUGUGAAAACCCUUUCCUAUGUUCUGUCUGGAUUGUGCAUGAAAUUUGUUGGGUAAUCGGUGGCCCUGACCCUCAGUGACCUUUGACUUUAGGGGUCAUUUUUCUGUGUCAGCCAUUUUUCCUCGAAUUUCAGGGGGCGUCUUCUGGGCUUCAAAGGAAAUACGUCUACCCACAUUCCAUCUUAGUUGCGGUGUUUCUAUCAAUCAGGUCGCUAGUCCAAGUCCGUCGAGGGCGUCCCCUAGGUCUUGCACCCUCCGCCCUGCCUUGCAGUAUACUCAUGUCCAGACAACAGGAGUUCAUCUGUGGCCUCUCGUACAAUGUGACCAUAGCAGUCCUCCCCAGACUGAACAUGGAGGAGCUGAUGUUUGAACUCAACAGAAGGAUUCAAAACCUGGACAAAGAGAACAGCAUCAAGGACAGGCUGGUCAGUAUCCUUAGGGAUGUGAUGUUGGAGGAAUACCGUCAGUGGGAAAGAAAGUCACAAGUCAGCUGCUUCCCGGACGAGACAACCACACCUGUGCAAGACCAGGAGACAGCUACCAUGCAAGAGGACACUCCAACCUCACACACAAACACAAUGCCCUUCACUCCUGACAACAAUUUGUUAGAUACGAAUCAUUCAGUGAGUAACUCUUACAUAGAGGAGACUUUAGAAGAGGAUGAACCCUGUGAGGAAACACCUACGGCUUCUUGUGAACUGAUACCUGACCAUGUUGAUGUAUGUAAGUGGGAAUGUCAUGUGUCCGAGGAUGAUCACAUCAGACAAAUUUCUCCACAGUCCGACUCCAACCCGGGUCGUCUUGAACAACAUACGGACGACACUCACAAUGGAUGCACAUACAGCGGAUAUGAACUGAGUCACAACAUAAAAAGGGAGGAAACACCUUCGGCUUCUUGCCAACCCACUCCAGACCAGGAUUGUGAGGACAUUGCAUCACUUCUUCCUGACAAUGGCUCACGAAUCAGUUCCAAACGCUACGUGUGUGACGUGUGUGGAUUCAAAACAUCAUUUGCACACGAAUUCUCCCAGCAUAAGAAAAGUCACCAAGGAGGAAAACCUUUCAUUUGUGGCGAAUGCGAUUAUCGUACAUUAUAUAAGACCCGGCUUGUCGAACACAUGAGGACCCAUACCGGUGAGAAACCGUUCACGUGUGACCAAUGCCACUUCAGCGCGACAUGUAAAAGUUCGCUAGUCGGGCAUAUGAAAAAACACACAGGUUCAGAACCUUACAGAUGUAAAAUCUGUGACUACCAAACCUAUACAAAGUUUCAAAUUAAGAGACAUAUGAUGCGCCACUCUGGUUUGAAGCCAUACAAAUGUGAGGAAUGUGACUACAGGACAGCUCAAAAGCCUGAUCUUACUAGACACAGGAGGCGUCACACCGGUGAGAGACCCUACAGUUGUCAAGAGUGUGACUACAAGGCAACAGUCAAGUCCAACCUUCUUAAGCAUAUGAGAAGCAAACACCAGUGAAAGUACUGUUAGUUACGAAUCAGAAAUAAUGCGAGAUGUAUAUUUAUUGACUACAGAGACUCAACCAUUGCUUUAUUCUCACCAACAUUGUGGUGACCAUCUGUCACCUUCAGGGGAAUUCUGACUGGUUCACAUUGUACUGCAGGACAGGUGAUUGCUUAAUCUCCAAGCAGGUCUUGCGGUGGCAUAAGACAGUAUCCAUAUAUGGAAGUUUUCCACAGCUAUCUCAGAAACUGACCCACCGAAGGGUAAAAUUUGCAGGACACUGUUGCCGAGCAAAACAGGAAUUAGUGUCUUCUGUUCUUCUAUGGAAACCAAGUGGCCGGGUACAUUGCAGAAGUUUGACUUUUACGGACACGGACACUUAAACUAGAGACAAACCUAGAGCAAGCCAUGUCAGAUAGGGCCCUAUGGAAUGAAAUAUGUGCUAGCCUGGUCCCGACCUCCGGUCCCUGAUGUAUGUAUGUAAGAUAGUAUCAUAAGCUUGGGAAGGAGUUUAGCCGGCAAAGGAGUUUU